AUGGCUCUUGACGACAAGCCGGCGCCCAAGCACAAAGAGCCCGAGAAGCAGCUGGACAAAGAUUCGGCGGCCGUCGAGGCGGCGGCUGUUCCUGUCGUCGUCGCCGUUCCCGCUCCUGCUCAGUCGUCUCAGCAGCCUAUCGCCCCGAAGCCUCUUGCUCCUCUCGUCACGCCCCCUAGUCAGGUUCUGCCUGGGCUCAUAGAGCCUACGACUGAGGAAGGCAAGAUUGAGCGCGAACAUCACCUCAAGUUCAUGAGAGAGGCUCUCGCUAUGGGCGCACUGGCUUUGGGCACCAAUGAGACCCCUGUUGGCUGCGUACUGGUGUACCGCGGUCGUACUAUCGCGAAGGGAAUGAAUGCGACUAACGUAACCCGAAAUGGCACGCGCCACGCUGAGUUCAUGGCAUUGUCUGCCUUGCUGUCUCAUCACCCAGAUGCCGACGUCAAGGACGAAUCGACUUUGGAUGAGUCUUGCUGGGGUGAUGUCGAUCCGACAGAUGGCCACAUCUUUCCGUACGGUCAGAAGUUGCAUCCGUCUCCCAAGGUCAACCGGUCCAUCAUCUCGGAGUGCAUUCUCUAUGUCACUGUCGAGCCCUGCGUCAUGUGUGCAUCUCUCCUUCGACAGCUCGGCGUCAAGAAGGUCUACUUUGGUGCCGUGAACGACAAGUUCGGCGGAACUGGUGGCGUUUUCCGCAUCCACUUGAAUUCCAAGCCGGUUCCCAAGCCCGAGGAUAGACCUUACCAGAAUGGAUAUGGACCCCACGACAUCGAGCGCAUCUCCAAAGGCCGUUUGGUUCCCCAGGAGCGUGACGAGGAUGAUGGUGAUGGAGGCAAUGUUGAGCCUGGUUUCCCUGCUGAGGGUGGCUAUCUCCGGGAUGAGGCCGUCUCGUUGCUGAGACGGUUUUACGUCCAGGAGAACGGAAGAGCUCCUCAACCUCGCAAAAAGGAAGGCCGUGCCGCUCGCCUCUACGCUAUGGAAAAUGCACAGAAUGGUGGUAGCUCGUUGGAGCUCUCUGACAUGGCGCCUCAGACUCCGAUUGAUACUGAGCCCUCGUCUGCCGAUCAGGAGAAGUUUCCUGAGGCCGACCAGGCACACAUUCCCGCGGACGACACCGCCAACAUUCCGAAAGCAGUUGCCCCCGCGGCUUAG